AUGUCGCAUUUGAGAAAUGAGUGGCUGGCCGACCGAGGCUUGGGUUUUGAUGCGGAUAACGAUCCUAGGGUUGGCUCCUAUCGCAAUAUGUCUUUACAGGGAGACAUCCUCAGCCCUUCAGUCUCAAGGAUUUCGUCUUUCCUCCCCCUGGUGGGAACACUUAUUCUCGUGAGCAUAUACUGCAUACUAUGUGUUGUCCUCUUCUUAAUCAUGCGGCCGCGGUGCCCCCGCGUGUUCGCACCACGGACACAGCUAGGCUUAGUAUCGUCACGAAUUGUCUGUGCUGGGGUACAUGAGCUAACCGUUUACAGAAGGCUGAGUCCAGCAUUGCCCGAUGGAGUCUUUAAAUGGAUCAAACCGUUCUUCGAAAUCCCGGACACCUUCAUCCUGAAUCAUUGCUCGUUGGAUGGCUUUCUCUUCUUACGGUAUCUCAAAGUUCUGCGCAUCCUAUGCCUUGUCGGUUGCUGCAUAGCAUGGCCGAUCUUGCUCCCCGUACACAUCACUGGAGGAAGAGGACUGAAGGGAUUGGACCUCUUGACGGUUGGCAAUAUCCAGGAUAAUCGCAAGUUCUAUGCACACGUGAUUGUGGCUAUCUCAUGGUUCAGCCUUACCCUUCUGGUGAUCGUGCGAGAAAGUCUUUAUUACAUUAAUCUGCGUAUAGCAUAUGCCUCAUCACCAUUCUAUGCCCAUCAGCUUUCAUCCAGGACUAUUCUUCUGACCCAUGUUCCCAAACGAUACCGUAAUGAAUCUUGCCUUCGAAGACUGUUUGGCGAUUCCGUCAACCGCGUUUGGAUCCCCAAGACCUCGAGAGCCCUUACUAGACUCAUUAACGAGAGGAAAGAGGUUACUUCAAAGUUGGAGGAGGCCGAGGUUGAGCUUAUUGUAAAAUCAAACAAAGCACACAACAAAGGUUCCAACCCCCAUCUUCCGAUUCCACCGCCAACGGCACCGUCUACACCUCCAACGACCGAAAACUCCACUGGAAACUGCCCUGGGAGACCGGAUCACCAAUCACCGGGUAUUGAAGAGCCAGCUACGGUGACACUGAUACCAAAGGGGUCCCGACCACGCCAUCGCCUUUGGGGUCAGUUUGGACGCAAAGUCGACACCAUCAGCUGGGCCCGCUCUCAAAUCAAAUCUCUCAACACUCGAAUAUUCAAGUUGCGUCGCCAGCUCCGUCAAACACAUGUGUCUACCUUGCCGGCUGCAUUUGUCGAGUUUGAUACCCAAGAGAGCGCACAUGCUGCGCAUCAAUAUCUCGCUCACCAUCAACCAACACAACUAAUUCGUCACCUUGGUAUACGACCAAACGAUAUACUGUGGCAGUCUCUUAGGAUGGGCUGGCGAGAGCGCAUCAUCAGAACAUCAUUCUUCUAUGGGUUAAUUGUAGCUGCUAUAAUCCUUUGGUCCUUCCCAACCGCAGCCAUUGGCGUGGUAUCAAAUGUGCAGUCCUUAAGUGAAAAUCUGCCCUUUCUGUAUUGGAUAAGACAGAUUCCACAACGCCUACUUCGGUUUCUUCAAGGAUUUGUGCCUGCCCUAGUCCUGACACUCUGGAUAGCAGUCGUUCCCGCUUUAUUACGAUUUUGCGCCGUUCAAGCCGGUGCUUUAUCGCUAAGCACGAUGGAGCUAUUCACACAAAAGUCUUAUUUCGCCUUUCUGGUUGUGCAGGUAUUCCUCAUCACAUCGUUCUCAACAACUGUAUUCUCAAUGUUGCCAAAUCUACUUCAAAAACCGCUCAGCAUUCCAGAUAUUCUCGCGAACAACAUCCCAAGAGCCUCGGACUUCUUUUUUUCGUUCAUUCUAAUUCAAUGUCUCGCUGAUGGUGCUUCAACUGUCUUCCCAAUUGUCGAUCUAUGCCGACACCAUUUUUUAGGCCGGAAAGCCCGUACACCAAGGAUGCAAUAUCGAGUGUGGAGAAGAAUGAGACGAGUGCAUUGGGGCACCGUCUUUCCUAGAAUCUCUAAUAUGGGAGUCAUUACGCUUUGCUACGCCGGAAUCGCUCCUGUCAUUCUCAUCUUUGCAGCCGGCGGGAUGUUCUUCCUGCAAAUGGUCUAUCGUUACAAUGUCAUCUACGUGGUGGAUUGCGAUCUGACUAGUACCGGACUAUUUUAUCCCCAGGCAUUGUUGCAUCUUAUAAUCGGGCUUUACCUGGCUGAGCUCUGCCUGAUUGGGAUAUUCAUUCUAAAAUCUGCUUUUGUUCCAAUGGCCUUCAUGAUCUUGUUUGCCAUUCUCACGGCCCUCGUGCAUAUCGAACUGAGCAAGGCCAUCGAUCCGCUGCUACAUAAUCUUCCUCAAUGUUUGUGGCGUGAGGAAAAGGACCCUCCAGGCGGUCAAGAGGAAAAUAUGUUUGGAAACUCAACGUGCAACGCAAGAAGCCCUGGCCACGUGGCCACAGUGGAACAAGUAGAAGAGAGUGGGAGGGAAGAACGCGUCGAAGCUAAUACAGACAAUGGAGAGCUGAGUUUUGCCAUGCUGUCUCUCCCGUCGAGGUUCAGGUUCAGUAGCAUGAAGGCAGGCCAGACGCAAACAUUGGAAUCCAGAAUGGUGUGUCAUACGAGAAUCUCUAGCCCUUGGAACCUGAUGAAGCAAUGUCAUUCACUCUUCGGUCCCCAAUGGUCAGUCCCUGAUUUACGCAAGAAGAUCCUGUCUCUCCAUGAGACCGUGUCCUCAGAUGCCUUUCAGGCAUACGAGUAUCCGACCGAAGGAACAACGGAGGCUUAUCUGCCGCCAGAACUAUGGCUUCCAAAACCAACAUUGUGGAUUCCACAAGACGGGAUAGGCGUCAGCCGGCAGGAGAUGGCCCAAGCGAAAAGAUACACGCCAAUAACGGAUGUCGGAGCUACCUUGGAUGAGAGCGGGCAAAUUGUGACAAACUUUAGAGAUGCGCCCAUCGACGAAGCAAAAUUGAGUGGAACACGUUGGGAGGCCAUAGAGAGUGCGGCUCCGUCGUUGCUAAGUCCAAGCGCAUUGGGUUUAUAA